UUUAGUUCACCGUAGACAGAAGCAGGAAAUGUGUGUGUUGAUGAUUUUCAACUGAUUGAAUAAUGAAUAGCUAUUCCUUCCUUCAAAUUCAAUCAACUUAAGUCUGCUCUAUAAUUCGUAGUAGUUAACUGAGCUAUUGGGUUGUCAUCUCUCUCUCUCUCUCUCUCGAUUUGCUUCCAAUGGCUUUUUCCAAUUCUCUCUGCAGCCACCAGAGCUACGCUUCCUACAACGGGAAAACGCAGUUCAAUUCUUUCAAGAGAGGCUGUUUUUAUCUACCUUCUUCGUUUAAGCCACAAGGGUUGUCGUCUUUCCACAGAAAGUUUGAAUCUUCAAGGACCCAUUUGAUCAGGGCCACGGCUUCUGAUUCCAAGACUGAUAGAAAGCAAGUUGAAGUGGUGUAUGAUCUUGAGGAUAAGUUUAAUAAGUUAGCAGACCAAGUGGAUAGGGAUGCAGGGAUGUCAAGGCUCACUCUUUUUUCUCCUUGCAAGAUUAAUGUUUUCUUGAGAAUAACAAGCAAAAGAGCGGAUGGAUAUCAUGAUUUGGCAUCUCUCUUUCAUGUUAUCAGCCUAGGAGAUAAAAUAAAGUUCUCGUUGUCCCCAUCAAAAUCAAAAGAUCGUUUGUCAACAAAUGUUCCUGGAGUCCCUCUUGAUGAAAGAAAUUUGAUAAUAAAGGCUCUUAAUCUGUUCAGGAAAAAGACAGGGACUGACAACUACUUUUGGAUUCAUCUUGAUAAGAUGGUGCCAACGGGGGCUGGCCUUGGUGGUGGCAGCAGCAAUGCUGCUACUGCCUUGUGGGCAGCAAAUCAGUUUAGCGGUUGUGUUGCCACUGAAAAGGAGCUCCAAGAAUGGUCUAGUGAGAUCGGCUCUGAUAUCCCCUUCUUUUUCUCCCAUGGAGCUGCAUAUUGUACCGGUAGAGGUGAGGUAGUUGAAGAUAUUCCUCCACCUGUACCGAUUGAUGUUCCUAUGGUUCUCAUUAAACCACCAGAGGCAUGCUCUACUGCUGAAGUUUACAAGCGGUUUCGGUUGGAUCAAACAAGCCAGAUUGACCCUUUGACGUUGCUAGAGAAGAUCUCAAGGAAUGGAAUCUCUCAGGAGGUUUGCGUAAAUGAUCUAGAACCCCCUGCUUUUGAAGUCCUUCCAUCAUUAAAAAGAUUAAAACAGCGCAUAGCUGCUGCAGGCCGAGGACAGUAUGAUGCCGUUUUCAUGUCUGGAAGUGGGAGCACCAUUGUGGGGGUGGGUUCUCCUGACCCCCCUCAGUUCGUGUACGAUGAUGAUGAGUACAAGAAUGUCUUCUUAUCAGAGGCCAACUUCAUCACCCGCUCGCCUAAUCAGUGGUAUGCAGAACCUAUUUCGACAAAUGCUGCUAUCUCACCAACGGAGAUUUCUGUUCAAUAGUCUGUCAUACAUAUACAUAUGGAGUCGAAAUUGCAUCAGUUGUAUAAUGGUAGUAGCCCUUCAUGGUUAGCUUCUCUCUUAUUCGAUUUUUGUUAAUUUAUUUGCUAUAAUCAAUAGACAUGUACCUUUGUAGUUUCGAGUGAAGACAAGACAAGACAUCUUGUUCUACCAUUGCUUUUCUCAUUCUAGUGAGACAUGCAAGAAAUAUAUACAUUGUGUUUUAUUAUCU